AUGGAAAACUGUUGGAAAUUAUUUUUGAUCGCGCUCAUAGUAGUUUUAUCAAUGGUUAUCACUACAGAGUCUACUGUACCUCAACCACGAGCACCUAACUUCCAAUAUUUUGAAAGGCCAAAAUACCGAUACCCGUACUAUGAUGAGAAUGGCAAGGGAAAGUUAUUAUAUGGUUAUGGAGGACCGGAGCUGUAUCAAUAUAAAUCCUACACACCAUUAGAAGGAAUUCACUAA